AUGUGGGGUCCCCGCCUGGGUCUCCUGGUCUGCCUCCUGGGCUGUGUGGACCUGGUCAGUCCGAAUGCAUCCCCACUCUUUGGCUUCCACUGGGGAGGCCUGACCCAUCUGUACACAGCCACCACCAGGAACAGCUACCACCUUCAGAUCCACAAGGAUGGCCAUGUGGACGGCUCCCCCCAGCAGACCAUCUACAGUGCCCUGAUGAUCAAAUCAGAGGGUGCUGGCUUUGUGGUGAUCACAGGGGUGAUGAGCAGGAGAUACCUCUGCAUGGAUUUCAAAGGCAACAUUUUUGGAUCGCACCACUUCAGCCCGGAGAGCUGCCGCUUCGAGCAGAGGACCUUGGAGAACGGCUACGAUGUGUACCAUUCCCCGCACCACCGCUUCCUCGUGAGCCUGGGCCGGGCCAAACGUCCCUUCCAGCCGGGCACCAACCCACCACCCUACUCGCAGUUCUUGUCCCGCCGCAACGAGGUCCCCCUGUUGCAUUUCAACACCCCGAGGCCCUCUCCCAGGCGUCACACCCGCAGCGCCGAGGACAACUCGGAUUCCGACCCGUUCAACGUGCUGCGCCCGCGGCCCCGGCUCCAGCCCGGCCCGGCCUCCUCCUGCUCCCAGGAGCUGCCCAGCGCCGAGGAAAACCUGGUAGUGGCGGACAGCGACCCGCUCGGGGUCAUCCGGAGCAACCGAUUCCGCACACACCAGGCCGACCAAAGGUGUCGGCCCACCUACACCUAG